GACGGCACACCGAUUGAGUAGUCGUCCUACAAACACCCCCGUUGAUCCAAGCAGGCAAUGGCAUUGUCAUUGCUGCAGGAAGCGCAAACAGCACGAGGAUUAGCCGCCAUCCGUACCCUGCAAGGCAUGAAACGUGAAGACGAUCGCAGUAUGUCCGUGUCACCGCCGUUGACCGGUCAGCUCCAUCAUCACCACCACCACCACCAGCAGCAGCAGCAUCACCUGAACAUGAACGUAAAUCACAGUCCAACCAUUUUCGGGGGCUAUCACCCGACGGCUUCGGCCAUGGGAAUGCUAGCGCCUCAGCUGCUUGCCAACCAAACGGCAGCCGCCCUGAUGGCCGCCGGGCUGCCAAUGUCUCUACGUGCGACCUUGGCUACCGGUUUGUUCCCACCGCAUCCGGCCCUAUUUGGAGCCUGGGCACCACCUACACCGAACAGUAACAAUAGCAGCCCACCACCACCACAAAGCCCCAUUUCACCAGCCCUGAGCCAAAAGAGUUCCAAAUCACUGAAACUCACUGCCAACAACAACAACCACAUCGUAUCGACCACCUCGGAGUUCCUACCUCAGCAGAAGAAACCGGCCAAGCGGAAACAGCUCACGGUUAAACCGAAUUCCGCACUGCUACACAUGCCCAGCCACACCACCAUGCCCGUUGACAUCCCGAAUCUGGACAUGGUUAGUCCGGGUCCUAUCUCACCACCUACCUCUGGCUCGUCACCGCAAUCCAACGGAAGCGUCGAAAUGCCGCCCACCAUAACUACCUCCACUAGAGACCCCUCCCGGGACAAAGUUUUCACCUGCAAGAUCUGCAACCGCUCGUUCGGUUACAAACACGUCCUUCAAAACCACGAACGAACCCACACCGGCGAGAAACCCUUCGAGUGUCCCGAGUGCCACAAACGUUUCACCCGGGAUCACCACCUGAAAACCCACAUGCGACUCCACACCGGUGAAAAGCCCUACUCCUGUACCCACUGCGAUCGCCAGUUCGUCCAGGUCGCUAACCUCCGGCGGCACCUACGGGUUCACACCGGUGAGAAACCCUACGAGUGCGAAAUGUGUGAACAAAAGUUCAGCGACUCCAACCAGCUGAAAGCUCACAUGCUCAGCCAUAGCGGCCAACGGCCCUUCCACUGUGAUAGAUGCAACUCAAGCUACCGCCGGCGGCACCACCUUCUGCAUCACAAAUGUGGCAUCACAAGCCCACCAACGCCGGCCAUCAGCCCGUCGAUGUCACUGUGCGAUCAAAAAUCCGGCUGCUCCGAAGUGUCCGACAUGUCGAUGGAACUCAAACACUCCGUUCUGCUACACCCCAAAUUCACCGGUCUGGCAAUGCCGCUCGACUUCAGCUCACCGGAUGUCCGCCAUCAGCAGCAGCACCAUCACCACCCGGCGGCCAUCGAUCUGCGAUCGGUUGUCCGAACACCGCAGCAGAUCACCCACAUCAAAUCUGCCAUGCCGGAGCAAACCGAACCGGAAGACCUCAGCAUGCACUCGCCCCGUUCUCCGGUCACCAUGGAGGAACUGGAAGAGCUGGACGAUGCUGCCUCGCUGUACCUGAAGCAACGCCAGCAAAAGCUGGCUUACGCUGCUGUUGCUGCGGCGGCCGCUGCCGCCGCUUCCACCAACAACAACGGCGCCGCCCAACGUUACGGUAUGGAAGCUUAAACUCAGCCCUGGAUCCCUCCUCACACUGACGGUAAAACAAAAUGGCUGGUUAGUUGUUUUUUAUCUGUUUCCCUAUGCUUUGCAAAAAUGAAACAUACCAACCGCCGAACCCCCUCAAAUACUGUUGUCAACGGAUACCAAAUAAUCGAAGAAUGCCAAGAGAAAAAAAAGUAGCUUAGAUAAGUGAAAAAGCCAUAUAUAUGAAGCAUAUAUUUAAUUCAAAGAAAAUCUAUAUAUUAAUAAUCGUCGACUAUAGCACCUUACAGUAAUCGUCUUCUUGAAAACAAAAAAAAGUCACAUUCAACAGGGAAAGCUCGUAACUGCGAUGCACGUCGCCAUUUUGUCCACCGACGCCCAACCUGUAAAUAGAAACCAACCACCACGUGCGUACACUGUACAUAACCUAUACAUACCUAUAUUUAAAAUCGCAAUCCAUGUGUUGUCCAGAACUGUCAAACAGAGCACAAAAUGGCGAUCUGUUAACUGGCUUUCCCGGACAGCUGUACCAAAAAAAAUACUAACAAAAUCGCAAACAACGUGUACAAAAAACGGGUUCUACCAUUCAAAUCAGGGAAUUUUACCACAUUUUAAUGCAUAAUCUAUAGCAGCCAACUUCUUCUACAAGUCAAAAAAAAAUACAUCGCACGGUGUGAAAUGUCAAAAAUGUCCUAGUUGGGAUCAUUUUGUUUGCUAAAAGAAAACUUGUUAUUUGAUUUGAUUUUGUUUCCUAAACGAACAAACGAGUUAUAGUAAUGGUAUGCAAGUUCCUCCCUCAAAUAGAAGCAAACAAAGUAACUAGAAACAAAAAAAUAACACACACAUCCAUACUAUAUUCAAGGAAACGUGCGCUAGGGUACCCGAAACGGAAUGGUCUGAUGCCAGAGAUCUGACAAUUAAUGAGAGAACUGAUUUAGGUCGCAGCAAGCGGUAGCAAAAUUUGUU